AUGGACUCCGUGGCAUGCAUCACACUAUUCAUCACGACUCCGCAAUACAUCAUUAGUCUACCAGAGGGAUCAGAGGUAUUAGAGGCAUCAGAGGUAUCAGAGGGAUCAGAGGGAUCAGAGGUAUCAGAGGGAUCAGAGGGAUUAGAGGUAUCAGAGGGAUCAGAGGGAUCAGAGGUAUCAGAGGUAUUAGAGGCAUCAGAGGUAUCAGAGGGAUCAGAGGUAUCAGAGGGAUCAGAGGGAUCAGAGGGAUCAGAGGUAUCAGAGGGAUCAGAGGGAUCAGAGGGAUCAGAGGGAUCAGAGGUAUCAGAGGGAUCAGAGGUAUUAGAGGUAUCAGAGGGAUCAGAGGGAUCAGAGGGAUCAGAGAGAUCAGAGGGAUCAGAGGUAUCAGAGGGAUCAGAGGUAUCAGAGGUAUUAGAGGUAUCAGAGAGAUCAGAGGGAUCAGAGGUAUUAGAGGUAUCAGAGGGAUCAGAGGGAUCAGAGGUAUCAGAGAGAUCAGAGGGAUCAGAGGUAUUAGAGGGAUCAGAGGGAUCAGAGGGAUCAGAGGGAUCAGAGAGAUCAGAGGGAUCAGAGGGAUCAGAGGUAUCAGAGGUAUUAGAGGUAUCAGAGAGAUCAGAGGGAUCAGAGGUAUUAGAGGUAUCAGAGGGAUCAGAGGGAUCAGAGGGAUCAGAGGUAUUAGAGGUAUCAGAGGGAUCAGAGGGAUCAGAGGUAUUAGAGGUAUCAGAGGGAUCAGAGGUAUUAGAGGGAUCAGAGGGAUCAGAGGUAUCAGAGGUAUUAGAGGUAUCAGAGGGAUCAGAGGGAUCAGAGGUAUCAGAGGGAUCAGAGGGAUCAGAGGGAUCAGAGGGAUCAGAGGUAUCAGAGGUAUUAGAGGUAUCAGAGGGAUCAGAGGGAUCAGAGGUAUCAGAGGGAUCAGAGGGAUCAGAGGGAUCAGAGGUAUUAGAGGUAUCAGAGGGAUCAGAGGGAUCAGAGGGAUCAGAGGUAUCAGAGGUAUUAGAGGUAUCAGAGGGAUCAGAGGGAUCAGAGGUAUCAGAGGGAUCAGAGGUAUCAGAGGUAUCAGAGGGAUCAGAGGGAUCAGAGGGAUCACGGGGUUUCACGUUGAAGGACUACUGGAUACCACCAGCAUGGUCAGGGAUUGCAUUCCAUAUGAUGGAAAAAAGCUGGACCAAGCACAAUGAUAUAUGCCGGUCAGAAGAGAACUUCACUGCCAUAUAG